CACCCAUAGUCAGCAGAAACAGCUGAGCCGUGGAGGCCGUCCAUCACGUGACACCGAAGCACACGUGACUGAGCAUACACAUGACUUGCAGUAGCCAGGCACCUUCAGGAGAGCUGGGACGCGGGGGAGCAGAGAUGGUCCGAGCCGCGGUGUCGCCGCCGUGCUUCCUGUUGCUGCUGCUGCUGCUCUUGUGGUCGCCCCGAGGCGAAGCAGCCCCCGAUCAGGACGAGAUCCAGUGUCUGCCCGGGCUGGCCAAACAGCCCUCUUUCCGCCAGUACUCCGGCUACCUCAAAGACUCCGGUUCCAAGCGUCUCCACUACUGGUUUGUGGAGUCCCAGAAGGAUCCCAAGAGCAGCCCUGUGGUGCUUUGGCUCAACGGAGGGCCGGGCUGCAGCUCCCUAGAUGGCUUCCUCACGGAGCACGGCCCCUUCCUGAUCCAGCCAGAUGGUGUCACCCUGGAGUACAAUCCCUAUUCGUGGAACCUGAUUGCCAAUGUCUUAUACCUGGAGUCCCCAGCCGGGGUGGGCUUCUCCUACUCCAGUGACAAGGUGUAUGCAACCAAUGACACUGAGGUCGCCCAGAGUAAUUUUGAGGCCCUUCAGGAUUUCUUCCGCCUCUUCCCCGAGUACAAGAACAACGAGCUUUUCCUGACGGGAGAGAGCUAUGCCGGCAUCUACAUCCCCACCCUGGCCGUGCUGGUCAUGCAGGACCCAAGCAUGAACCUUCAGGGAUUGGCUGUGGGCAAUGGACUCUCCUCCUAUGAGCAGAACGACAACUCUCUUGUCUACUUCGCCUACUACCAUGGCCUUCUGGGGAACAGGCUCUGGUCUUCUCUCCAGACCCACUGCUGCUCACAAAGCAAGUGCAACUUCUAUGACAACAAAGACCAGGAAUGCGUAACCAGCCUGCAGGAGGUGUCCCGCAUCGUGGGCAACUCUGGACUCAACAUCUACAACCUCUAUGCCCCGUGUGCCGGGGGCGUGCCUGGCCGUGUGAGGUACGAGAAAGACGCCGUCAUCAUCCACGACCUGGGCAACAUCUUCACUCGCCUGCCGAUCAAGCGCACGUGGCAUCAGGCGCUGCUGCGCUCUGGGGUCAGGGCGCACAUGGACCCCCCCUGCACCAACACCACAGCCACCUCCACCUAUCUCAACAACCCUCUCGUGCGGAAGGCCCUGCACAUCCCCGAGCAGCUGCCCUCCUGGGACAUGUGCAACUUCCUCGUGAACUUACAGUAUCGCCGUCUCUACCAAAGCAUGCACCCCCAGUACCUUAAGCUGCUCGCCCCACAGAAAUACCGGAUCCUGCUCUACAACGGGGACGUGGAUAUGGCCUGCAACUUCAUGGGCGACGAGUGGUUUGUGGACUCUCUCAACCAAAAGAUGGAGGUGCAGCGCCGGCCCUGGCUAGUGGACUACGGGGAGAGCGGGGAGCAGAUUGGGGGCUUCGUGAAGGAGUUCUCCCGCAUCGCCUUCCUCACCAUCAAGGGCGCUGGACAUAUGGUGCCCACGGACAUGCCCCAGGCUGCCUUCACCAUGUUCUCCCGCUUCCUGAAUAAAGAGCCAUACUGAGGCCACCACAAGGGCCGGCCCCUGCUGCCUGGUCCAGCACCUCCCAGCCUCUCCUGCUAGAAGCGAGGUCCCCCUUGACACUGGAGCCCCCUGCAGGGCAACGGGGGGGGGUUGCACUUUAUUCCCAGCUGGGACAGGGCCUGGCCCCUCCCUGCUUCCAGAAUGCCCAGGAUGCACUGACGCCACCCCAGGAACAAAGCAGAGCUCAGGACAGCCCCGGGAGGUUGGACGGACUGUAAUUGAUGGACUGUGAUUACGGAAUUAAACUGAGUACAGCUUAAAA